ACGUAAUACUGAAAGCAGUGCGAGCCCACGCAAGCUAAUGCCUCGUGCAUAAGCUCCAGACGGCUUCUCUUCGGUUCGGUCAACGGACGCGUGUAUCCUGUAGGCACAGUCACCUGAUGCCUGUAAGCUCUUCAUUCUGAAAGAUCGUUCUGUGGGAGGCCAGCCAGUAGAAGAUAAGGCACGCUUUCUGCGAACGGUGACUAAACUUAACCAUGCAUAACAUACCAUUGAUUGUUCCGGCAGUAAUAGAUAACACUGGAGCGAGUUUCAUAUGUGUAACCUCGAAACCUAUACCUGUCGUUUAUGGCUAAUGUGGUACGUGAGUACUAUGCGCUAUGGAACGUGGGUUUUACGGUGACCGAGUAUGACAAAUAUCUUAUGUUUACAGCGUUCCGAUUAUAAUUUUAAUUACAACCCAUCCGAUUGUUCGUAGGUUACGUCCACAACAGGGUUCUUCAUCAGGACAGAAGUAUACGCAAUCGACCCCUGGAAGCUUGGAACAUGGAGCUGUAUACCAAACAUCAGAAAAUAAACUAGCGUCUUGGUCCGGUGUGGACAUUCUUCACUGCCCCGUCACGCGUCCGUUUCGCGAACGUGAGGAGCACGCGUUACUUCGCGAGAUCUUGCAAACGCGGUGUCCUGAGAUUACGUUAUCGAGGCUGUGGCAAUAUGGAGGGUUGGAAUGCUUCUUGUAACGAAAUUCAAGAGAAGCGCUUGUGUCGUUGCUACUAAUUUUGGCAUUCGCAGUACAAACCCUAUCUGUAACGACAGCCACAACUACUACUCGGGCGACUACCACUAGUACGACUACGACUACGUCGACUACUACGACGACCACUACCACGACAACUACAACAACAACUACGACCACCACCACCACGACAACAACUACGACGACCACCACCACGACGACGACGACGACGACCACCACCACCACGACGACAACGACGACCACCACCACCACGACAACUACGACGACCACCACCACGACAACAACUACGACGACCACCACCACCACGACGACAACUACGACCACCACCACCACGACAACAACUACGACCACCACAACUACUACGACAACCACCACCACGACAACUACGACCACCACCACCACAACAACUACGACCACCACGACAACGACCACCACAACCACCACCACCACUACUACUACUACGACAUUGAAACCACCCUUGCCUCAUAACUUUCUUGCUUGCGUCGCCUUGGUCGUUCAGGAUCAAUAUCAACCAGUGGAUGGCGUGUGCCACUUUAUAUUCUUCACCGUCCAAGACAUCGAUGCAUUGAAGAAUAAAAAUCUCCGUCUUCAAAGAAGUAAUAUUGGUAUCGACAUACCGAGUUUGAAAACCCAGAGCAUGCAAGGAAAGCUUGCGAGUGCAAUCGCAAGCUAUUGGCCAAAAAUCAGAGACUUUGCUGUCCUGGAUACGGAACUCCAUCCAACAACUUCAUCAAAUUAUAUCGACGAGGUCACAAGGUUCCUGCGCGAAGCGGACAAGAACGUGAACAACCAGAUAAGAGCAGAAAUACCGCCACGUAGGACCUUUGGCUACGUGCUACUAGGUGUGGCGUUAAUCCGUGGAAGCCAACCGGCGAGUAUCCUCCUGACGAACUUCAACAGACUCGUACAAGCGAUUGAGCUCGACGCGCUGCUGUACCGAACUUCUCUCAUUCAUAAUAUCAUGGACCGAAGGGUAUGCGUAUCUACAGGACCAUCACCCUGGACGGGAUCUGGUGUACCUUCUAUGCAGCCAUGUUUUGUUGACUCGCUGGAAUUCAGAGCUCAGUAUGGGCAUCAAGCACUUCCUUCGAAGACAGCAGAAUUGCUCUCCUUUAGCGCUGCUGCCUUUUUGACCACCUACGAUGGCCCUAAUUCUAAGAGAAGUCCCAUAGCCCCAUGCUUGACAAUCACGAGGAUAAAUCCGAAAGAGGUGCUUUGCGAAGGUGGACAAUACCAUCAGAUAGCAACAAACCAGUCCAACUACCUCGAAACCGACAGCUCACGAUACGACAAGCGGGGCAGCGUGUUGCAGCGUACCGUCGCCGCAGUGAUCGAUUCGAAUUGCACUAUGGAUAUAAAGAUGUGUUUGGCUAAGAGCAUGUAUGGCUUCACGGGCGGCUACGUGAUCUUCGACAUGCACUUUCACUACAUGUGCCGACAGCCACCGCAAUUCAUAGAUAUCAAAGGAGACUUUGGAUUUGUGAAGUGGGCGGAAGUUAUUUCGAAGAAUGUCCGCAGCGGAUCGCCGGUACCCUGCGCGCCUAAGACGAAUAUUUGUUAAAUAAGCUCACGAGUAAAGAAUGCAACUAUCA